ACCGUAUUGUGCAGAUUGCAGAGAUGACAAACCUUUGCUACAUUGCGGAUUAUGUUGUCAAGAUUUCCUUUCUUCUGUUUGUACCUGUUGUUACCCUAAAUAAAACAAUAAUACAUCUAGACACAUCAGAGGAUAGAAACUGCGGAGGGAUAUACAACAUCUCGUCUGAAAACGAGAUCAGCUUAGUAGCAAGUGGAAGACUCCAGGGUGGCACAUGCGCCGUGACUCUUCGUAUGGAUAAUCAUGACAGUUUGAAGUGUGAGAAAAUUUGUAUUAAGAUGACAAUGUCUCAGCUUCAGACUUGUGAUAUGAAAAUGCUUUUCGUACCUGUAGUAUUUGACAAAUCAAAAGUUGAAGAUCCCAAGCGCUAUGAUUGCCGCUCGCCUUUCCCGGGCGUCUGGUGUCCCUCAGCUGACGUUUUAUACGUCCUGGUGACGGAGAGCAAUCGGUAUCCACGGACAACAAAAAAUCACUACAACUUUGAGAUCGACGUCACCCCACAGUGCGUCAUUAAGACAGACAACACGAAAGAAAGAGAAGCCAAGAUUUCUUACACGUACCAUGAGAAGAAAAGUGCAAGAGAAAAGUGGAUCUACGUAGAGGGCGUUAUUGUCAGUAUUUGUCUCGCUUCCAUUUUCCUGGUGGCUCUAAUUGUCUUGUACUGUUACUACAAAGCUCAGAAGGAAAGCGGGCGAUCCCGUAGUGAAGUUCCCAAAAGUUCAAGCAAAGAGCCAAUCCUUUCAAAUGUCAGAUCAAAGCUGCCUUUUCGAUCUCAUAAACGAAAGAGUCAUGACAGUGCUAGAUCUUCUGAAAGUUACCAAAAAAUUACGGACACUGAGCACAGUCUCAAAUCGGAAGUGGAAGUCAGAGACAUAAUGCAGGAGCGCACUGACUCGGCCUCAACUCUUGUGAUUGGGCAACAAGACAAUAAGCGGGUCGCAGAAAAUCAAGUUUAACAAUGUACAGAGGAAACAUGUAUGCCUUCAUGAAAUCAAAAAAAUGUCACAGUGCUUUCAGAUCGAUUUCUGUCUCUGCUGAUAUUCAUAUUCAGGAAAUAAUUGUGUAUAAGUGUUUUGCAAAGUAUGCUAAUGCAAUUUAGGCCCCGUUUUCUUGGUGUCCUAGAGUGAUCAGUCUGUCUAUCUGAUUUUUGCGGUCCAUAGCAUAUUUUCUCUACUCUUGACCCAGUCAAAACUUAAAUUUGAAUCUUAGAUUGCUUAUGGCUUAAGGUUGUGCAGCGACUUUGAAGCAAUUUACUUGUUCGACGGUCAAGGUUGGCAAACUUCACUAAGUCAAAAUGGGCUUAUACUAAAACUCUCGGAAAGAGAAUGUGCAGUGAAUGUAAACCAUUUUUAUAGAUUAAAGGUCAAGGUGAGAAAUGUAUGCAUGAGUAAUAUUUAUCCUACAUUUAUUUUCUCUUCCCUUUGACCUAUCAGACUUAACCUUCAUCCAUAGGGGUCGUUAGACAGAGAACGUAAAACUUUGAAUCGUUACACAGAUGUGUAAAAUCAUUAUUAGGAGAAUUUCUCUACCCGUGAGAGUGCCCCUAGGGAAAAAGUUUGUAGUCACCCUGUGCAAAUUUUAAGAUUUGUGUUCAGAGUUUAAGAACUUAGCUGUUUAAAAAUAAUACCUUGCGCAUAAUUUCCCUCCAAUAGCUGGCCUUAUUGGCCUGGCUCAUAGUGUACUUUACCAACAGAGUACCCGUAUAUAGAAGCUGCGUAGCAAUUCAGAGAUGAAAGAUCAUGUGCAUGGUCACAGAACCCUUUUGUGAAAAUUCCUUGUCCAGGGUAUAAUUAAAUCCUCCUUGAUUCUACCUAGGUUAAACUUCAACAUUAAGGUUAAAGCGGAUCUCUGAUAGAUUCCUCUUUGAGAAUUUUUUUUCCAUUUCCUUCGUCUGGCUAAACUUGAACAAAAGACCUUUCUUUAUAAUUCCCCUUACUAAAUGCGGAGCCCUUUGAGCUGGAUACUAUCCUCAAUUUUACUGGUACAAAUGUAUCUUGUUUCUAGCAUAUUACUAACAUAAUGACAUCAUUUUCAAAAAUUUAAUGUUUGGUAUUGUUUUGCUUCCUUAUGUGAAUUUCUGAUAUAUGCACAAUUGUUAUCUUAUUACAUGUACUUCUUGUCAAUUUCGCUGAUGUUUUAUAUAUGGAAGGGAAUUUUUAUACAUGGACCUGUACAUCUUUCAUCUGAACAUUACAUAUAUUAAUAUUUAAUUUAUUUAUGCAUAUGUGUAAUUAGAGUAUGCAGAUAGAACCGAUAAUAUUUCCUACUGUAUUAAUGUUCAAUUAAUGAAUUGCAUUGACGUAAAUACUUUUUUUAAGAAUACAUUUGUGUAUUUAUAGGUAUUAAUAUUAAUGGGAUUUUAUUGUCAGUUGUAUUUUUAACACUGAUUAUUAUAUUGUUAUAUAAUUUUUUUCUGUUACAUUCUGCAUUGCAUAUUUUUAUUGCAUGUGCACUUUUUGACAAUCAAAAGUGAAUUAUAAUUGAAAUCGUUCUGAGAUGUUUAAUAAACACAUUUAGUUUUGAUAGCAUGAAAUUAAAUACUGUUUUAAUGCAAAAAUUUGACUACGGAAUGCUCCUUCAACUUGAUCAGAACAAAGUGUAAACGGCGGGUGUGACUGGUUAACAAGGGAUGCGCACUUCUUCUUGGCACCUGGUCCCUGCCAGAUGGAUUUUCAGUGGGUCUAUGUUUAUACGCUCUUGUAUUGUCUGUAUAUGUAUUUUUGAGAUUGUUAUUUUCACCUUCUUCAAAUACAAAGUAAAAGGAUAUUAUUUCGUUAUGUUUUUUUUCUUCCUUAAGACCACAAUUUUUGUUUAAGCCUGUAUUUUUAUAUGUAUAUCAAUUAUAUACA